UGGCGGCGGGCUGUCGGGAGCGGGGGGCGCCCGCCCGCCCGCGGCCGGCUGCAUUAGCGGCCGGCGGGCGGCGCGGCGCCCCGCCGGCCGGCCGGCGGCUACCUGAGCCGUCGCGCCGCGACCGCCAGUCGUCCACAGCCGGCCCGCGGCCACCUGAACCGGCGCUCCGAGCCCGCACCAGUCGUCCGCCCGCGCCAUGGCCCGCCUCCGCGCCGCCGGCCUGCUGCUAGCGCUGCUGACCGUCAGCGGCUGCCGCGCUGCCCGGCCGCAGUGUGAGACCAUCCCCUCGACCAUACACAUCACCAAAGAUGAGUUCAGCUCCUCUGGCCAGCUGGAGCGGACGUGCGAGGGCGACAUUCCUGUCAACAAGUGCGAAGGCACGUGCAGCUCCCAGGUGCAGCCGUCGGUCAUCUCGCCGUCCGGCUUCAAUAAGGAGUGCAGCUGCUGUAAGGAGACUGGUCUGCGCGUGCGCGAGAUCACGCUGACGCGCUGCUUCAACCCGGACGGUCAGCAAGUGGCCGGCGACCAGGGCCGGCUGACGGUCAAACUGCGCGAGCCCUCCGACUGCCGCUGCUCGCGCUGUGAAAACUAGCCGCCGUGGGCGGCGCUCACCAGUGGUGGACUCGAACAGGGGAUUCGCCGACAGGUGUCUGCUUCGGUGACUGGCGUAUCCGAUAUGUGUGGGCGAGGUGCUUCAUAAAUAAAAUGACUUGACAAAAA